CCUCUGAGUGCUUCUGGACUAGACAGUUUUCCAGGACUCCACUCUCUCCCGGGCUGUGGGACAAGCCACUGGGUUCUCCCAAGGAUAAACUACCUCCAUCAAGGACGUACCCUUGGUUAAACCAGCUGCUGUCAGGUGGGAAUGAGAUCCCGAAACCAGGGCGGGGAAAGUUCCCCCGGUGGGCAUAUCUCCUGCCCCAAGUCUUCCACCAUCAGCAAUGCUGAUGGCAAGAGUCUCUCAGAAGACACCAGAAAGAACAGGUCCCACAGGAAGGAGGAGGACGGCGUGGCCUCAGGAACUGUCAAACGGCAUGUGAGACCGUCCGGAGAAGGCGAACAGCAGAGCGCGCAGUCCCUGGAGCUGUCCAAGGAGGACCUCAUCCAGCUGCUCAGCAUAAUGGAAGGGGAGUUACAGGCCAGGGAGGACGUGCUCCACUUGCUGAGGACAGAGAAAACCAAGCCCGAGGUUCUGGAGGCGCAUUACGGGUCCGCGGAGCCUGGGAAAGUGCUGCGGGCGCUGCACCGCGACGCCCUCCUCGCCCGGGAGAAGUCCCUCGGGGGAGAUGUCUACGAGAAACCGAUUUCAGAGCUGGACAGACUCGAGGAGAAGCAGAAGGAGACCUACCGGCGCAUGCUGGAGCAGCUGCUGCUAGCGGAGAGGUGCCACCGGCGCACCGUGUGCGAGCUGGAGACCGAGAAGCACAAGCACACGGACUACAUGAGCAAGAGCGAUGACUUCACCAACCUGCUGGAGCAGGAGCGUGAGAGGUUGAAAAAGCUCCUGGAACAAGAAAAGGCUUACCAAGCCCGGAAGGAAAAGGAAAACGCCAAGAGGCUCAAUAAACUACGAGAUGAGCUUGUGAAGCUCAAGUCCUUCGCACUGAUGCUGGUGGAUGAAAGGCAAAUGCAUAUUGAGCAACUUGGCCUGCAGAGCCAGAAAGUUCAGGAUCUCACUCAGAAACUGAGGGAAGAGGAAGAGAAGCUCAAAGCCAUUACUUCCAAGUCCAAAGAAGACAGGCAGAAACUGCUCACGUUGGAAGCGGAUUUUGAACAAAAGGCUUUGAGGUUUUCCCAAGAGCAUGAAGAGAUGAACGUGAAGCUGGCUACUCAGGAGACUCACAACAGGCAGCUUAGACUCAAGCUGGUCGGCUUGUCCCAAAGAAUCGAGGAGCUGGAAGAGACCAACCAACAUCUUCAAAAGGCAGAGGAAGAACUGCAGGAACUCAGAGAGAAGAUUGCCAGGGGGGAAUGUGGCGGCUCCAGCCUCAGGGCGGAGGUGGAAAACCUCCGGAAGCGCGUGCUCGAGAUGGAGGGUAAGGACGAGGAGAUCACUAAGACUGAGGCCCAGUGCCGGGAGCUGAGGAAGAAGCUGCAGGAGGAGGAGCACCACAGCCGGGAGCUCCAGCUCGAGGUCGAGAAGUUGCAGAAGAGGAUGUCCGAGCUGGAGAAACUGGAGGAGGCAUUUAGCAGGAGCAAAGCCGAGUGCAGCCAGCUGCACCUCAACCUGGAGAAAGAAAAGAACUCGGGCCAAGGCCUGCUGAACGAGCUGGAGGCGGUCAAGAGCCGCGUCAAGGAACUGGAGUGCUCUGAAAGCAGGUUGGAAAAGGCUGAACUCAGCCUAAAAGACGACCUGACAAAGCUGAAGUCGUUUACUAUGAUGCUGGCGGAUGAAAGGAAAAACAUGAUGGAGAAGAUAAAGCAAGAAGAGAGGAAAGUGGACGGGCUCAAUAAAAACUUUAAGGUGGAACAAGGAAAGGUCACGGAUGUGACCGAGAAACUGAUCGAAGAAAGCAAGAAGCUUUUAAAGCUGAAAUCUGAAAUGGAGGAGAAGGUGUACAAUCUGGCGAAAGAGCGAGAUGAAUUAAUAGGCAAACUGAAGAGUGAGGAAGAGAAAUCCUUGGGAUUGAGCUGCAGCGUCGACCUGCUGACGAAGAGGCUGGACGGGGCAGGGGGAGAAGGCGGGGAGACCACAAGGGGGGCGCCCCGAGCGGGACCGGAGCCCGCCGGCCCGGAAGACAACAGGGUUCGGGACCUGACGCUGGAGGUCGAGAGGUUGAGGCAGCGCCUCCAGCAGCUGGAGGUGGUGGAAGGCGACCUGAUGAAGUCGGAGGAUGAGUACGACCGGCUGCAGCAGAGAUUCAGGACGGAGCAGGACAAGGCCAACUCCCUCUCCCAGCAGCUGGAGGAGGUGAGGCGCCAGAUGGCCAAGGGCAGGGCCGUGGAGCGCGGGGAGGCCGCGGGCCAGGAGGCCGAGCUGAGGCACAGGUUCCGGCUGGAGGAGGCCAGAAGUCGGGACCUGGAUGCCGAGGUGCAGGCCCUCAAGGAGAAGGUCCACGAACUGAUGGGCAAGGAGGACCAGCUCUCCCAGCUGCAGGUGGACCACUCGGUCCUCCAGCAGCGGUUCCUGGAGGAAGAGAGCAAGAACAGAAGCCUGGGGCAGGAGGUCGUGACCCUGAGCAAGGAGCUGGAGCUGUCCAGGCGCUACGGUCGCGCGCUCAGGCCUAGCGUGGGCGGGCGGCGGCCGCUGGGCGUCCCGGUGGCAUCCACGGGGGUGCAGACCGACGCCGCGGGCGCCGGGGCGGCGGACGAGGACACGGCCGCCGUGUUCAUCCGCAAGUCCUUCCAGGAGGAGAACCACAUCAUGAGCCACCUCCGCCAGGUGGGGCUGAGGACACCCCCGGAGCGGGCCCCCGUGCUGGACAGGUACCCGCCGGCCGCCGGCGAGCUCACGCCGAGGCGGUCCUGGGCCCCGUGGACGAGGAGGCGGGAGCCCGCUCCGGAGAAGGGGGGCCCCGGGGGGCGGCCGGCAGCCCCCAGGCAGGGCCAGCCGCUGCACAUCCGUGUCACGCCCGACCGCGGGAGCAGCACGGCCACCCUGGAGAUCACCAGCCCGUCCCCCGAGGACUUCUUCUCCAGCACCACCGUCAUCCCCACCCUGGGGGGCCAGAAGCCCAGGAUAACCAUUAUUCCGUCCCCGAAUGCCAUGUCCCGAAGACCGAAGGGUGGAGAGGCGCCUCUGGGCACGGAACGGGCCGUGUCCCCCGUCACCAUCACCACCUUCUCCAGGGAGAAGAGCCCCGAGGGCGGGAGGGGCGCUGACAGGCCCACGUCCCCCAUCCAGGUGACCGUGGCCACGUCCGCAGCGCCAGCGGAGACAGCGGCGCCUCCUGAGGCCCCGGAGGCGCCCGCGGGCCGCACAGUCCUCAGAGUCACCCCGGAGAAGCAGGCCGCCCCGACCCGCACACGACAGUACAAUGCCAACGCCAACAUCAUAACCACGGAGGACAAUAAAAUCCACAUCCACUUAGGUUCUCAGUUCAAGCGGUCGCCUGCGACUUCAGCCGAGGGAGCGAGUCCCGUCAUCACCGUCCGGCCCGUCACGGUGACAGCCGAGAGGGAGGCCCCCACUGGCACCGUCCUCCGCGCCCCCAGGAACCACCUGUCGCCGCGACCUGGCGGAAGCAAAGUGACCAGCACCAUCACCAUCACGCCAGUCACGGCCUCCCCCACCCGAGGCGCGCAGACUGCGUCAGGACAAGACGGGGCGUCCCAGCGGCCUGCACCCACCCGCAUCCCCAUGUCAAAAGGUAUGAAAGCAGGAAAGCCAGUAGUGGCCCCGGGAGCAGGAAACCUGGCCAAACCCGAGCCUCGAGCUGAGACUCAGUCUGUGAAAAUAGAGCUGAAGAAGCCCGCAGCCGGCAGCAAGGCCUCUCCCGGAGGGGGGACGGGCUGAGGGAUGCCGAGGGAAAGCAUCAUCAUUCACCAGUUGCGUAUGAACUCCCGAUGAACUGGUAAACCAAGCCCAAACGGGGUGUGUGUACUUCUUCUGAAUCCCUGUUGAAUGGAUAGCAUUUCUACAGCCUCAUCAUCACUGAGGUGCUUCAUGCUACUGAUCACUACUGGAAAUAAUUUUCUACGUUAAGUGAUUUUUUUUUUGAGGAUAUAAUUUAAAAGCUGAAAACGACAUUGUUGAUAAUAUGAAAAUAGCCAGAGCGAUUCAAUCUUUGUGUUAAAAGAAAUUUCCUUUAGCAAAGCUUUCAGGUCCAUGGGCACAUGCUAUGUAAUUUAUUUUUCUAAUACACUUUGUAAUGUGAUUUUUUCCCUGAAGUGUUUCCUUUUUCAUAGUCUGUGGCACAUAUAUCUGUAGAAUACACUGUAGGUUCUUCAAAGUAUUGACUUUGGUGCAUUCAGAAUGGUAAAUGGUAACUAUUUCCUUUGGUACGUUGGUUAGUUCUGAAGGAUUUCCCAGGAUAAAUUCAAGAGGUGAAACCGAAGCAGGAGGUUCUGGGAGAGGUUGUUUACUGCUGUUCCGUGCAGUCAUAGUUUGCGUCACGGUUCAGCACUAACAAACUCUGAUUUAAGAGUUUACUUUCAAAUACUUAAAGUCAGUGUCUAACGUUGCUCUUUCUGAUGUUCUCUGCCAAAAAACCCCAGAGGAACUGGUUUUCACAUGGAACGAAUUAGCAAAAGGAGAUGUAUGGGGUUCAACCAGCACGGGUUAUAGGAACAGCUUUGACUGAGAGUUCAAGUACAUUUAUGUUUUCAUUAUUUGCUUAUAUGUGCCUGACUGAUGUUUUUCACAAUCUACCCAAACCAAACCCUGAAAACAAAAACUGACCUAGAUAAUAUCAGCAUCUUUUUAAAAAAUGGUAAGAGAAAUCCCUAGAUAACUUUUUUUCCCCUCAGUAGAUAGGAUUUAGACAGAUUUUCCUAGCCCCUGAUAAGUUGGAGAAUAUAUUCUUUGAAGAUAAAAUGCACACAUGCACUCCUCAAAUCUGCAUGUCAGAGCUGCUGUCGAGUUCAGGCCUCUGUGUGAAUGUGCAUCUGAAGCCUUCUUUAAGUCCCAGUAGAGGUUUUUAAAGACUUUGUUAAUGUAGACAUUUUCAAUGAGGUCUUUAAAAGGAUGCUUUAAAGAAAAAUGAGGAAUUGACACAUCAGUUUCCAAAUGCAGAAAUCCUGGAUCCUGUCAUGUCACCGAGAUUCAGGAAAGAAGGCUUCAAAGCAUCCGAAGGGCAGCUAACACCCCACAAGCAAUGCUGUUGGCCCAUUUCUUCAGUUUGCAGGUUGUGACCAGGCCUAGAGGCCAUAGCGGGGAGUCCGCACUGAGUCUCUAGAAUAGAAAAAAUAAUGUCGAAUUUCCUCCACUGUGUCACUUUGGAAUGUUUUAAGGUGUACUUUGUGGAAUUCUCAAGUCCCCUUCAAUAGGUAUUAUAAAUUAAAGAACUGUAUUUUAUAUAAAAUUAGUUUUGAUUUUUGUAAGUAAGGAAGUGCUACAGUAGGCUUGUCCUAGCUUGAAUGAUGAUAAGCACAUCCCAUAACCUGCAGAGCUUUUGAUUAUUGGUAAAGAAAACUAUGGAGUGUACGUGUGAAGAGUUAAAAAAUUGUUAUAAGUUUUGUGUUCUGAAGAUGUUUCUGAACUGUAAUGGCAUUUUCAAAUGUAAAAGGGUUUUAUUUAGUGUCGUUAUCUUUUCUGACUCACAGUUAAGUUCCCUGUUGGCCAAUGUGUAUACUUCUGAUGGCAAAAACAUUCUGACGUAUCACAGGUUGGCUUUGUAGCAAAUAACUUCCUCAAUUUGUGGGGAUCCUAUUAUACUAAUAGUAGAAAGGCUAGAAGGUAAGACUUUAAAUACUACUUGACUUAUUUAAACUAUCACAAGUAAUUUAUGUAUAUUUGGAGCUGAAGUUUUUAUUUCUCCUGAAUUUAUAAUGAAAUUUGGUACUUGGUGGUGCAGUCAUUUUGACGCAUGCUCAGUUUCUUCCUCCCCAAACUAUGACUAAGUCUUCUGUUUAAACCCAGAUGUAAUCCGAGUGACAGAUGAGAAAAAUUAAUUAAAAAAUUAAUUGUUCUGAAAUAAAAGAAUGUUAAAAACAAACAGAAAAUGGAAAUCACAGAGUAGCCAUAUCAUUAUCUAAUGAAUAAACAAGAUCAUAAGUGGUUAUAGCCCAAUAUCUACAUCCAAUUGAAAAAAAUUGCUCCCACACACAAUCCUGGCACCAUCCUAGACUCACAAAAUUUCUUUAUCUUUUAUUCAGAGUAAAUCUCCAAUCAUCAGUAUGAAUAAGAAUAAUUUUUUUGAAUGGAAUAAUUAUGUUUUCUGAAAUAUAGUCAGCAUCUUCAGUUUAAGGCAUGGUAGUUGAACUAAUCCAUUAUUCUACCCUUUUCUUUUUGAUAAAAAAAGUGUUUUUUGAAGGUCCUUUCUGCAGGUACCCUUUCUUCAAAUAGUUAAUAAAAUACCAGGGUUUCAUGAAUAUAGCAGAGUAAAUAUUCCAGUGUUAGAUGCCUGGAAUGUUCACAAAAAUGUGAAAAACGAAUUGUGUUUUAGGAGAACCAUAAAGGAAAAUAUUCACGGUGUGGAACAUCUAGCUUAAACGUUAAGAAAGAGCCCCAACACUACCAAAGUGUCUCAGAGCCUCUGAAAAUCCAUGGCAGAGCACGAGUGAGGGUGCAUCAGACAGUGCGAUAUGCUUCAGCCCGUUCUCCUUGUCUGUGGUUGAGCUUUCCUGGGAAUGAACAAAAAACAUAGCAAAAGUUAGGUGUGUUCAUGAAUUUGACGGGGAACACUUCUAAAAAUAACAAAAACGCAGAAUGUAAGUCUGGGAAGAGCACAGUGGACCCCCGAAGCCUGUGUCCCCCUCAGGGCCCCGGCCCAGGCUGUGCCUCUGCUGAACAAGCUGGGGAGCAGACGGGAGACAUGACAAAAACUGGUGUGAUAAAGUCAUAGGGACUGGGAGAGUUUCAUAGGACUUUGUUUAGUUACCACUGACAUUUUAUUUUCUUAAAUUUUCAGCAUUUACUCUGUAACUACAUGAUGAUAACUGUUUGUUACUUGGGGGAAAACUUUAGAUUCACAAGUUUGAACAGAAAUGUUUACAGGUGCCAAAACAUGAUGCUUUUCUUUUCUUUUUUUUUUGUUUAUGUUAUUGGGGUAAUUUUAUCUUACCAUUCACAGAUUUUGUGUGUUCUUUUUUUUUUCUAACAGUGCAGACUUGUAUUUACUUGGAUUUUGUUUUUAAAAUAUCAGAUGUUAGCUUCUCCAGCGUUAAGAGGUUUACAGGGUGGUCAGAUAUUCUUAGAAGUCUUGCAGGUAUAAUGGAUUUUCACAAGCAAAAAUUGCAUUGAUGAAUCGUGGAGUUCGAGUCUAUUUUUGCAGCAUUCUCACUUUUGUCUCCUUUAAGUUUCCUGAGUACAUAAGAAGUUAUCAGUUUUUGCUACAGCCGAGUGAAUUUAUGCAUAUGUACUUGUCUUUUCUAUGAAUGUAAUAUCCUUCUUUCAGUUCCUCACAGGUUAUUGAAAUCAUGUAGCCAAUUAAGGCAUUCUCUCUGUGUUAUUUCCAAAGUCAACUUUGUCUAUCAAAAUCUCACCAGAGAGAAAAAUGAAAUUGUGAUAUAAAAGCAAUGUGCAAUAUUCUUUUUUGAGUUGGAAUAUUCAUAAAAUUAAAGUAAUCUAAAAUGAAUAUUCAACCUUCACCUUCUUUUUAUUUAAAAUAGUUUUCAGUUCUGCGUUUCAUACUUUGUUAAACAUAAGGUGUUUUACACUGAAGAAGCAGAAGCCGGGGGCCAAGAGAGACGGCUCUCCUCUGAGUUACACCAUAGUUCGGUUCUCUAGUAAGAAGGAAGCUGCAGGUCAGCAAGGACGGAACUGGUCACAGGGCUUCCUGCCCCCCCUUAUCCUCACCACGGCCGCGCCGGUCGGUGUCGGGUGUUGGGCUGUCGGCCCACGCCCUCUGCUCCCAGCCGGAAGGGAGCUUACUCGGGAGCGCAGAAGCCCAACCUCCAGCCCAGCUCUUGCAGAGGGAGCUGAGUAGCGGGGUCAGCAAAGUGGGACGGGUGAUGGUGGCGUGGUGCUUUGACCCCUUUUAUUUGUCAGUCUUGUGCUAUAACUGGUGGGCCAUGGCCAUAGCCAAUCCGAACUUAUCGUUGCCUUAUUGGAGAUGAAGGAACGGGCUUCGCCUGUGUGUUGUUUAAAACUGAGCGUAUCAAAGGGCAGACAAGGAUGUCUGCAUGAAGAUGCUUUCCACAGGGAAGCUGUGCAUGUUAGGGGUCUUGCCACAGACAGCGCAGUGGCCUCCCCUCUUGGAGGGGUGCAGCCCUUUGGUACACAUGAAGCAAAUAUGGCUUAAGAGCGCUGGCCAGAAGUCAUUGUUUAUUUCAUGACUUCCCAGGAGAAGGGGUCUCAGGCUUUGUGCCAUAUUUGCUCAAAUGGAAUUGCUCCCUUGAGCUCUGGGCUAGAGUCACCUUUACCGAGCACUAGAAUGUUCCUUCGUGCAGAGAAACUGAAGCGACGUCCCCGGGCCCACGCGUGUCAGCAGGAGGGCACAGUGCCCUGUGAUCGUUUCUGCCUCUGUUGCUCUGAAUGUCAUUAGCGUCUACUUUUGAGGUUUGUAUUUAAUGAUAUUCCACGGAGCCUAUGAAGCAUGCCCAACACUGGGCCCCAACGGGGGCGACGCUCCCUGUCUGCACGGUUCCAGGCACAGCAACCCCAUCUACAGAGAAUGGUUGGAGCCCAGCUCCCUCGAGUUCCCAGGCUUCCUUUUUAAAAGAUAAUCAGUCCGACUUUAGUUUCCCCUGCCAUUAUUUCCAGUAUUCCUUUCAGAGAUAGCAUCUCCGAGAAGAUACUUUCUUCUUACUCUUCAGCGGUCCAUUUACCCCAUUCUGGUGUGUAUGGAGCCUUGGUGCACAAAGCUGUUCCCUCGGUUUGUAUGCUUCUUAAAGGCAGGACCUGGGUCUCUCUCGGAAACGGAGGAUGCUCGAGAUCUCAUUUCCAGGGUGACGACCUGCUGCGAUCUUGCUUGAGAAAAAGAACCAUCAGCCAGGAGAGCCAGUAUUGCAAAUCAUAGUAAGAGUAGUAUAAGGUUCACCUUUCUCUGUGUUCCUCUACUUUGAUCCCAUUUCUUAUUUCUUUGGUGGAGAACCAGAAUAUCACUCAGACCUUAGGACGCAUUUCCUCACAGUUUAGUCUGUGACGUCAGGAAGAGGAUGGGCUGUGGGACCUCCUGGGCCUCCAGUGACCACUGCACACACACCUUGUAUGGCAACGACCUCUUCACAUUUCAACUGCUUGUUGGUAAGUGGUCUUUCCCAUGAAAAUGUGAGUUCACUGAGAGAAGGUAAGGUUAGUUCAUCAAGAUUUAUUGAGUGCCCUCAUGUCCAAGGCACUUUGCCAGAUGUUGGAGAAACAGAAAUGAAUAAAAAGAGUCUCUGACCUUGAGAAGCUUGUUUCUAAUAGGAAAGACAGACAGAAAGAGGUAUUUUUCAAUACUCUGGUCAGUGCAAGGAUAGAGGUAUAUAUAAGGUGCCUUGAGCUCGGAGCACAGCUUUUAGCACAGUCUGAGGGACAAAGAAAGAUUCCUCAAAUUGGCUGCUGACCUGAAUCUUGAAGGAUGAGGAGGAAUUAGCAAAGGCAGCAGGGCCUGAAGCGGGGAGCGGUGGGUUGCUGACUGGAUUUAGCAACACAAUGAAUGCAGAUUAUUCCCAGAAGAUUCAGUGAUGAUAAAAAUGAUGGGGAGCAUCUGCAGAACUCCUGUGUCAUCCUCACAGUGUGAUGGUCAGAGGGAAGCCCCGGGGGCCAUGGUCUUCGCUGUCAUAAAUAUUUAGUUCCAUUGAGUAAGAAAAAGUGUUUCACUUCUCAGGCUCAAUAAAUGUUGAGUUUCACAUCAUCAUUUAAGUCCAUUUUGUGAAAGUUGUCCUUCAAGAUACGUUAGAGUUAUCUUAAAGAAAUAAACAGUAAUUUAUUAUUAUGUAUAAUAAAUGAGUGCCUUCCUAGGUAACAGUGACCCCAGUGUUUCAAAGAACAAAUACAGUGGACCCUCAAACAGCAUAGGCUUCAACUUAUACAUGGAUUUGUUUUUUCAACAAAUAUAUUGGAAAAAGUUUUGGAGGUUGGCAACAGUUUGAAGAGACAUUUUCUAUUCUCUUGCUUACUUUAUUGUAAAAAUUCAGUGUAUUGUACAUGUGACAUACAAAGUAUCUGUUAAUAGGCUGUUUAAGUUAUUGGUAAGGCUUCCAGUUAACAACAGCCAAUUGUUAAGUUUCUGAGGAGUCAAAGUGUGGACUUGGGUUGGCCCCUCUAAGCCCCGCAUUGUUCAAGGGUCAACGGAAAUGAAAAACACCUGCCACAGCGCCUCCAUCCUGGAUUUCCAAUAACUUAGAGUUUAUAAGAACAGAAAAGUAUAAGUGGGUCUAAAAAUAGUUUAAACAUAUGAUUUUUAAGGGAUUAAACAUUUUUAAAGAUCUACUUUCCUGCAUCUCUCAAUUCUCAGAGAGUAAAGAAAGUCUCUUCCUUCUUCUACUUCUCCCCUUUCAAAAAUAAUUUCACCAUAUGCAUGUAACAGAAGUCAAAAGGCAGUCAACCAAGAUGGCAACAUCACAUUUGAAGGGAAGACUCUAUCUAUAAUUGGUAUCUAUAAAUGGGAUGUAAUCAACCGAGAAAUUCUACACAGUGAAAGUCCAAAGUCUGAGGUCUCAUUAGAAUUACAUUCUGUCAUUUCAAGUAUGGAAUUAUAAGAAAUGAAACCUUACUUCCUUCCCAAAUCAAUGUUCUUCGGUUGUAUACUAUGAAUUUUGGUGUCAUUGCUCUUAAAACUAGCCAUUAAAAUAUCUUCUUUGACCUGUA